GGCACACUGGCGUGCACGACACAUUAGGAACAGACCUCAUCAACGACGGACGGACUCAUAAACCUACAUAUCAAAUUCUGCAACAUCAUCCAUAUAUUCAAGAAUAGAAUCAAGAAGAAGCAAGAAAACCGAAGAAAGAAACCUGCACCUAUAAAAUAUUAUAGUCAGUAUUCAACAAGUGGUCCUUCGAGUAAAGAAAAAUCUUCGAUUUUCAAGCAAAUUCAAGAUUCGAAAAUUGGAAAACCAACGGUCUUCUAUGCCGGCCUUUCUUCAGAACAGUGAGUCCGUUCCGAUUUUAUCUUAUCCUGUCCUACUAUCCUCCUAAUCUUCUAUUUAAGAUUGCCUUAUUUGCGAUAGAUAGGUCGCUUAUUUCGGCGUAAUACAAAAUACUCGAACAAAAUUUAAAAAAAAAAACGGUCAUAUUUUUGAAUAUUCAUCACUUCGUUCAUUUAUUCAUAGUCGUACUUCAAUACACGUAGUAAACUUAUUUUCAAUAAUAAUUAAGUUUCUUAGGUCGUAAAUUGACCUUAAGGGACAACAGUGUGUUUUUGCCCUUAGUCGCCCGCGGUCACGGUCAAGGUCAUCGCCACCGCCCACCGGUGUCGCGUCUUUAUUUACUAAGAUUUAUACAUUUAAAAUCAGUGAAUUGACUACUAUUAAUGCAUAGUUAACGUUUUAAAUCCAUAUAAAUAAAAAUGUGUGAUGCAAAAAUCAAAGAUUUAGUCAAAAAGCGUGGUUCGAUUAAGUCAAGACUUACACAAUUUUCAACAUUUUUAUCAUUAUUAAAUAGUGGUGAACACCUAAGUGAUAUACAAAUAAAGGAGUUAGAGUGUCGUUUUCGUAAGAUCGAACAGUUAUAUGUAAAGGCAGUACACCUCGAGCUGGUAACCGAUCUUACAAAAGAGGCCUAUCUAGCUUGUCUGAAUCGAUUUACAUCGAGGCGUGGAAAGCCGGAAACCAUUUACUCUGACAACGCGUCCACGUUCAUAGGUGCCUCAAAUGAGCUCGCGCAGUUCCUCAAAAGCAGCGUAGACUACGUGCAAGCACAACUAGUUGAACAAGGUAUUAACUUUAAAUAUAUUCCAGCGUAUAGUCCUCAUUUUGGCGGUAUCUGGGAAGCCGCUGUUAAGUCAGUUAAACACCAUUUGCGCAGAGUGCUUUCUUUGACUCACUUUGAUUAUGAAGAAAUGGCGACCUGCUUAGCGCAGAUAGAGGCAGUUUUAAAUUCGCGUCCCCUCACACCUUUAUCCACAGACCCUUCCGACCUUUCCUAUUUAUCUCCAUCUCACUUCCUCAUCGGACGACCACUGUUAGCAACAGCACGGGCAAACCUCCUAGACAAAGAAGUCAAUCGUCUCCAGCGAUAUCAACGAGUGGAGAAACUUCGUCAACACUUUUGGCAGAGAUAUUCGUUGGAAUACGUUUCGUUGCUUCAAACUAAAGGCAAAUGGAGGCAAUCAAUGGACAAACUAAAGAUCGGAGCCAUCGUCUUAGUAAAGGAUCGCACACAGCCACCUCUUCUUUGGCUUAUGGGUCGAGUCACAAACAUCAUUUACGGCGGCGACUCCAUCGGCAGGGUGGCUCAACUGAACACGAAGAAAGGCAUUAUCACGCGAGCCUUCAACAACAUAUGCCCACUUCCCUUGGACGACAUCAGCCCGGGGGGGAGCAUGUUGUGAAACAACAAAUAAAUUUCAGAGGAUAAAAUACUCGACCACAAUAACCUCAUUAUUAUCAUUUUAUCCUCUGAGUAAAAGUACAAUGACGUAAAACGUCAUUUCAUAACAUGUCAAAAUAAAUAGACAAGAAAACAAAGUGACAGACGUCAAUUCAUAAAAACGACACACGACACAUUAGGAACAGACCUCAUCAACGACGGACUCAUAAACCAACAUAUCAAAUUCUGCAACAUCAUUCAUAUAUUCAAAAAUAGAAUCAAGAAGAAGCAAGAAAACCGAAGAAAGAAACCUGCACCUAUAAAAUAUUAUAGUCAGUAUUCAACAGGCACCGUUAAUGAAAUAGUUAACAUGGUCUAAUUUUUUAGAGAAUGCUAUUUAUUUCGUCUAUUUCUUUUACUGUCAAACCUAGUAGACUAGCGGGCUAAUUCACUAUCUUUGACUAUGCUAGUUGAAUUAAACGAAAUUGAGAUAAUAUCAAAUGUGACCCGGUCCUUACUGGUGGACAGGGCCGGACCGUCCAUACGGCGAACGGAGCGGUCGCUCCAGGCGCCAAAUCCUAGGGGGCGCCGAAAUGGUAAAGACAAGAUCGAAAAGAAAUUUAUGUGAUGAAUUUACGUGCGCGAAAGGCGCCAUAAUUGGAUCUCGCUCCAUUCUAAAAUUUACCUCGGUCCGGCGCUGCUGGUGGAUAUCCAUAGAUUUAAGGAUCGGUCCUGGAUAUCAUAUUUAAUAGAUUAUCUGUUCGUUAGAUGAUUUAAUGAUAAUAAAUUGGAUAUCUAUAUCUAUACUUAUAAUAAAUCUGUAGAGAGGUCAAUUCUGUACAUGAAAUAUAUUUCCAAAAUAACUAUCAGGGGGUGAUUAGUGGUCGAUACUGAUGCCAAAAAUGCAAUCAGUAAAAUUUUUGUCUGUCUGUCUGUCUAUCUGUCUGUCUGUAUGUUCUUUAUAGAAACAAAAACUACUCGACGGAUUUUAACGAAACUUGGUACAAUUAUUCUUCAUACUCCUGGGCAGGUUAUAGUAUACUUUUCAUCACGCUACAAUCAAUAGGAGCAGAGCAGUGAAGGGAAAUGUUGAGAAAACGGGAGAAGAUACUCCUUUUUUCAAGCUCGCGUUCGCCGUCGUGUGGUAGGGUUAGGGGUAGCAUAGGGUUAGGGUAGUGGUAGCGUAAGGAUAGGUUAGGGGUAGGGGUAGUAUUAGGGUUUCACACAGACGAAGUCGCGGGCGUCCGCUAGUUUAUAAUAAAACAAGCAAUAAAACUACUUAAACUUAACUACUACUACUACAAACUUAAGCAAUAAUACAAACAAUUUUUUCCGUCCAUACCCUCGACACUAAAGGGGGUAGUGUAUAACCAAUUAAAGGACCAACAAACCUCCUGGCAACAUGCGGAAUCGCAACCUACAUGCUUUUCUGAGUUCACAGAAUGCGGUCCUCGAAUUAUGUACACUCAACACCUCACAGUGCCUGGUCUAUAACACUCAUGUUACAAUGUCAUUAUUAUCUUGGCAUUCUCAACUAACUAUUAUCGAUUUUUAAGUAUGUGUGAAGUAAAAACUAUUAAUAAUAAUAUACGUGUAUGUGUGUGUGGAAAAUAAAAACCACAAAUUAAUAGAA